AGUCGUGUUAAGAAACUCCAAGGCGGGUACUGUCUGUUUUGGAUCAUGCGCGUUCACGUGCGUAUGCAGAGUGGAGCUUCGCACACGCGCUCGCUCACAAACAGCCUCAGGUGGCGGCUGACUUGGCUGGCUGACGGUUGCUUCACUUUCUGCACCAACCGUCACACACGCACACUGACAAGGAGCUCCAGCAGCUGGAAUCCGGGAGCCAAAGCACUCUUCCCCGGGUAGAGGACGACUUUUGAGGGGGGUUCACUUUACCACGACAUCUCGCCCAACAGUGGUGGGAAGAUAGGAACUUCCGUAUGAAGAUGGCGUCAAACGACUCCCGCCUCCAACAGCCGCCGUCCCAGAAGGAUGCGGCCGACCAGAACUUUGACUACAUGUUCAAACUGCUGAUCAUCGGCAACAGCAGUGUUGGGAAAACCUCGUUCCUGUUCCGCUACGCGGACGACUCCUUCACCUCAGCGUUUGUCAGCACCGUAGGAAUUGAUUUCAAAGUCAAAACAGUCUUCCGCAAUGACAAAAGGAUCAAACUGCAGAUCUGGGACACAGCCGGGCAAGAGCGUUAUCGUACUAUCACCACAGCCUACUACAGAGGUGCCAUGGGCUUCCUGCUCAUGUAUGACAUCACUAACCAGGACUCCUUCAAUGCAGUUCAAGACUGGGCGACACAGAUUAAAACAUACUCUUGGGACAAUGCUCAGGUGAUCCUAAUCGGUAACAAGUGUGACCUCGAGGAUGACCGGCUCAUACCGACAGAAGAUGGCCAACGUCUGGCGGAGGAUCUUGGUUUCCAGUUCUUCGAGGCCAGUGCGAAGGACAACAUCAACGUCAAGCAGGUGUUUGAGCGCUUAGUGGAUGUCAUCUGUGAGAAGAUGAACGAGAGCAAUGAGGGAGACUUAAGCUUAAUGCCCAACCACAGGAAUCAGGGCCUGACAGACUCGUCCUCCGACGGUCAAGGGAACUGUGCUUGCUAAACCGCACACACACACACACACACACACAGGAGUGAUAAUCUUCUUUCUCUGUGCCUCAACUCUGGGAAUCGCUGCUCUUCUUCUGUUCACUGUAGCCCCGCCCACCACAAUAGGCAAAAAGCUGAGAUAAUCAUUUCACUGUUAGACUCUCUCUUGCCUCCCCAGGAAAGGCCUCAAGGCUCAUUUAAGUGGAGUGAUAAUAUUAGAUAACAUCCCCAUACUCUCCCUUCUUUUUGGAUUUCAUGAAAUUGUGCAGGUGUACCUAAUGUAGUGUCCAGUCAGUGGAUUUGUGAUUCGCCUUUAGCUUACCUGUUUUUUUAUUUUCACUUUUGUAAAAAAAAAAAAAAGCCAGUUGAUUAUUUCAUUAGGACAUUGCACCAAAGAUGAAACGAAUCUCAAUCGUGUGAUUUUUAGUUAUCAUAUAUCGAAAGACCUGUCAGAUGAAUUCAUCUUGUCCCUUUUGAUUCUUGGGAUAUUUUCUCCAAUGUGAGACAAAGAGCCUGUUGAUCCAUGUGAGGAAGUCGUUUUACAUUUUUUACCACUGACUUACCGUUGGCUGAUUCAUAAAUCAAGUGUCAACUUGUGUGUGUUCAAAUGUGCAACGAUCUCACCCCAGAAAAGGAAAUGCAUGUUCUUAUAAGAGAUUGAUAUCACAACUAUUUUUUUCUGCCGACUGUUGCUGGUUCACAUAAAAUACACUAACUCGUUCCUCCAUUGUAUUUGCUCUCAUUGGAUUGUACUGUUUUACCUACCAGGGGGAUUUGAACUGUUUUAUGAUGUUGACAACCAAACAUUGAAAGGUUAAACCUUCAAAUUAAUUUGAAAAACAUUCAUCUUCAUUGUUAUGCAUACCAAUGUCUGUCUGUCUGUCUGUCAGCAAGUGAAAGCAACACUUUCUGGUUUAGUUAGUCAUGAUGCUAUCACUAGCUUAUGUAGCACACAAUUGGCUUGUAUUCAACCAUAUAUAUUGUAUAUGAUCAUAUUAAUGUCCAACUUUGUCUUUAGUUGCUCCUGUGUCCCGUACUCAUAACAUGCACUUAUGUAUGAUGGAUAUAAUAUAAAUGAUACAAAGUUCAAACA